AUGUUUACCGGAAUGCGUAAUUCAACAUGGGGCUUUCGGCCGAAAACUGCUCACUGCCAAGAGGCACACCAUGGUUAUCUAAAGCGAGCAACCACAGAACAACUAUUGGAAGUGUUCAACAAAUAUGCCACUGUCGAGAAGCACGGCGAAAAAUACAUCAAUUCUGUAGACUUCAUAAAAAAUUACAUUGGUAUAUUGAAUGAACCGUCCAGUGACUUGGGUUCUUUACGACUGUUGAGUGGAAUUGUUGAUACUAACAAAGAUGGACUCAUUUCAUUUGCGGAAUUUCAAGCGUUUGAAAGUUUACUGUCUGAACCAGAUGCUUUAUAUAAAGUUGCGUUUCACUUGUUUGAUAUAAAUGGCAAUGGAGAGAUUUCCUAUGAUGAAUUUGUAUUAGUUAUUAAAAAAACUGAGCUGUACUUAAAAAUACCUUUCAAUUUGGAUAGUCAAUUUAUGAAAUUGUAUUUUGGAGAGAAGAAAAAUCGGCUUAUUAACUAUUCAGAAUUCGCUCAAUUUUUACAUGAUUUUCAUGAAGAAUGUGGAACUGAAAUUUUUCGUAUUUUUGAUAAAUCCGGUUCUGGUUUCAUAUCUGCAAAUGAUUUUCAAGAAAUAAUGCUUUUGUCCAAAAGCCAUUUAUUAACUAGCGGUGUCCGAGAUAACUUAUUACCAGCUGCAGGAGGAGGUCAAGGAGUACAUCGUGUUAGUUUUCCAUAUUUUAUGGCUUUCAUAUCACUUUUAAACAACAUGGAACUUGUCAAGCGUAUUUAUUUAAAUGCCAGUAAUGAAAAUCGGAAUCGAGAAGUUACUAAAGAUGAAUUUUUGUAUUCUACUCAAGUUAUGUCUCAAAUUACUCCGUUAGAAGUUGAUAUAUUAUUCACUCUAUGCCAUUUAUUACAUCAAAGAGCUGGCAAGAUUAUUUACAAUGACUUACAAUCAAUAACACCAGAACAAUACUAUAAAGAAAUACAUAAUCGUAGAAUAGCUGAAAUCCAUGCAGUAUCUAGUCCAUCUGAUAGAGGAGUUUUUAUUCAAGUUUUGGAGAGCUUGUACCGUUUCACCCUGGGCUCUAUAUCUGGAGCUAUUGGUGCCACAGCAGUAUAUCCAAUUGAUUUGGUUAAAACUAGAAUGCAAAAUCAAAGAGCUGGUUCAUUUAUUGGUGAACUCAUGUACAGAAACAGUUUUGAUUGUUUUAAAAAAGUAAUAAGACAUGAAGGAAUUUUUGGACUUUAUCGUGGUCUAUUGCCUCAGCUGAUAGGUGUUGCUCCUGAAAAAGCAGCAAAGCUCACAGUUAAUGAUUUAGUGCGAGAUAAAUUACGUCAAGAAAAUGGAGAUUUAGCUGUUUCUUCUGAGAUUAUUGCUGGUGCUUGUGCAGGAUUUUCUCAAGUUAUAUUUACCAACCCGUUAGAAAUAGUAAAAAUUCGUUUACAAGUUGCUGGUGAAAUAGCAUCUACAAAAAAAUUGAGUGCUAUAACUGUUAUUAAAGAAUUAGGUUUCUUUGGCUUGUAUAAGGGAGCUAAAGCUUGUUUCCUACGAGACAUACCUUUUAGCGCUAUCUACUUUCCAGCAUACAAUCAUGUAAAACAGGCUUUUGCUGAUGAAAAAGGUUAUAAUCAUCCAUUAUCACUGUUAGCUGCCGGUUGUAUAGCUGGUGUUCCGGCUGCAUCAUUAGUGACACCAGCAGAUGUUAUAAAAACUCGGCUGCAGGUUGUGGCACGAAAGGGCCAAACUACUUAUAAUGGUUUGGUGGAUUGUGCCAUCAAAAUUUACAAUGAAGAAGGACCUAGGGCAUUUUGGAAAGGAACUGGCGCUCGUGUAUUCCGGUCUUCGCCACAAUUCGGAGUGACACUUUUGUCUUAUGAAAUUCUACAAAGAUUGUUUUAUGUAGAUUUUGGAGGCUCGCGCCCAUCUGGUUCAGAAAAAUUAGUUUCAGUACAAGGUGCUGGUGAUGGAAUAACUCCUUCAAAUCCAGAUCAUAUUGGAGGUUAUCAUGCAGUGCUUCCGAUAUUAGAAGGAAUAGAGUCUAAAUUUGGUCUCGUAUUUCCUAAAAUUAAAUCAGAGAAAUAAUCAUAUCAUACAGGCUGUUACACAUACAUUCUGAACAUUUAAUAAUAAUUGUUAUUUGUGAUAUUAAUAUUUUUAUCUCCAUACAAUUUAUUGUUUUUCAAUUCA